AUGCACGCGUUUAUGGUGAAACAGCUCCUCGAAUACACUCAGCAAACGGAACCCAACCUGCAAUACAGCCUGUUGUUACUUUUUGGCCUCUUAAUAACGGAAAUUGUGCGUUCCUGGUCUUUGGCGCUAACAUGGGCUUUAAACUAUCGCACUGGGGUCAGGCUGCGUGGAGCUAUCCUUACAAUGGCUUUCAAGAAAAUACUCCGACUGAAAAAUAUCAAGGAGAAAUCUUUGGGCGAGAUGUUUGCAUCCCGGUUUACAGCUUAUUUCAGACGGAAAUGCGUGGCUAUAACUGAUGAACGCGUCCAGAAAAUGAAUGAAGUGCUGAACUAUGUUAAAUUCAUCAAAAUGUAUGCUUGGGUGAAAGCUUUCUCUCAGACCGUUCAAAAAAUCAGAGAGGAAGAACGCAAAAUCCUGGAGCGUGCAGGAUACUUCCAGAGUAUCACUGUGGGAGUGGCACCCAUCGUUGUAGUGAUAGCUAGUGUGGUGACUUUCUCUGUUCAUAUGAUCUUUGGCUAUGAUCUCACAGCAGCCCAGGCUUUUACGGUGGUGACAGUAUUCAACUCCAUGACUUUUGCUUUGAAAGUCACCCCGUUUUCCGUGAAGUCUUUGUCUGAAGCUUCCGUUGCGGCUGACAGAUUUAAAAGCUCACCCAAGAUGACCCCUAAAAUGAAAAAGGGCAAGACAGCCACGAACAGGAAAGACAAGAAGAAACAGCAGCAACACGAGGGACGGCAGACCAUGCUCACUGAGCAGAAGGGCCAUCUUCUGGUGGAUAGCGAUGACCCCCCCAGCCCUGAGGAGGAGAACCAGCGCAUCCAGCUUGCGAACGUCCGGCUGCAGAAGGUCCUUUACAACAUUGACCUGGAAAUUGAGAAGAUGACUUUAUUGGAAGGCAGCAUUUCCGUGGACGGGACCUUUGCUUAUGUGGCCCAGCAGGCCUGGAUUCUCAACGCCACGCUGAGAGACAACAUCCUUUUCGGAAAGGAGUUUGAAGAAGAAAGGUUGGUUUGCUGGAGUUUCGUGAACUUUUCUCUUGUGAUGCAGAUUGGUGAGCGGGGCGCGAACUUGAGUGGGGGGCAGCGCCAACGGAUCAGCCUUGCCCGUGCGCUGUACAGCGACAAGAGCAUUUUCAUCCUCGAUGACCCGUUGAGUGCCUUGGAUGCCCACGUUGGAAACCACAUCUUCAACAGUGCAAUCCGGAAGCACCUGAGGACCAAAACAGUUGUGUUCAUCACACACCAGCUCCAGUAUCUUGUGGAUUGCGAUGAAGUGAUUUUCGUGAAGGAAGGCUGCAUCACUGAGAGAGGAAGCCAUGAAGACUUGAUGAAUCUGAAUGGCGACUAUGCAGCCAUUUUCAAUAGCUUGCAGCUGGGAGAAACACCACACAUUGAGGUUAACUUAAAGAAGACCGCAAACAGUUCGUUGAAAAGACUCCCGGAGAAAGGCGCCAAAACGGGAUCCGUGAAGAAAGAGAAAGUAGUCAAGAAGGAAGAAGUUCAGCUCAUGCAGGUGGAAGAGAAAGGCAAAGGGUCUGUCCCCUGGUCGGUUUAUUGGGUCUACAUCCAAGCAGCUGGAGGCCCGGUGGCUUUCCUGACCAUCAUGGCGCUCUUCGUACUGAACGUGGGCAGCACGGCCUUCAGCAACUGGUGGCUGAGCUACUGGAUCAAGCAAGGCAGCGGGAACACGACUGUGACGUUGGGGAAUGAAACCAUGGUGAGCAACAGUAUGAAGGAUAACCCUCACAUGCGUUACUAUGCCGGCAUUUAUGCACUCUCCAUGGGAGUCAUGCUGAUUCUGAAGGCCGUUCGUGGUGUUGCCUUUGUCAAGGGGACAUUGCGGGCCUCCUCCAGGCUGCACGACGAACUCUUCCGACGGAUCCUCCGUAGCCCAAUGAAGUUUUUCGACACCACACCUGCGGGGCGGAUUCUCAAUCGGUUCUCCAAAGAUAUGGAUGAAGUUGAUGUCCGCCUGCCUUUUCAAGCUGAAAUGUUCAUACAGAAUGUCAUCCUGGUGUUCUUCUGCGUGGGAGUGAUCUCUGGCGUCUUUCCAUGGUUCCUAAUGGCAGUGGGUCCCCUCGUGGUUCUUUUCACCAUUCUUCAUGUUGUGUCUAGAGUGUUCAUUCGGGAGUUGAAACGACUGGACAACAUUACGCAGUCUCCAUUUAUUUCUCACAUCACUUCAAGCAUUCAAGGUCUCUCCACCAUCCACGCCUACAAUAAAGGAGAGGAAUUCCUAUACAAAUAUCAGCAACUGCUGGAUGAUAAUCAGGCGCCAUUCUUCUUGUUCAGCUGUGCGAUGCGCUGGCUGGCUGUGAGACUGGAUAUUGUCAGCAUCGCCCUCAUUAUAACCACUGGCUUAAUGAUCAUCUUAAUGCACGGCCAAAUCCCACCCGCGUACGCUGGGCUCGCCAUCUCCUAUGCGGUUCAGUUAACGGGACUGUUCCAGUUUACGGUCAGGUUGGCUUCGGAGACGGAGGCACGCUUUACAUCUGUGGAGAGAAUUGACCACUACAUCAAGACUCUUUCCCUGGAGGCCCCGGCUCGCAUCAAGAAUAAGGCCCCCCUUCCAGACUGGCCCCACGAAGGAGAAAUCCGCUUUGAAAAUGCCGAAAUGCGUUAUCGUGAGAACCUGCCGCUUGUCCUCAAAAAAGUCUGCUUCACCAUUAAACCCAAGGAGAAGAUCGGAAUUGUGGGGAGGACCGGCUCAGGAAAAUCCUCCUUAGGGAUGGCUCUCUUUCGCCUGGUGGAGCUCUCGGGGGGCUGCAUUAAAAUUGACGGAGUGAAAAUCAGCGACAUUGGCUUGGCAGAUCUUCGGAGCAAGCUUUCCAUAAUCCCCCAGGAGCCCGUCCUCUUCAGUGGCACUAUCUUAAUCCUGGAUGAAGCGACGGCCGCUAUGGACACCGAGACCGAUUUACUGAUCCAAGAGACGAUCAGAGAAGCCUUUGCAGACUGCACCAUGCUGACAAUCGCUCAUCGUCUGCAUACAGUUCUGGGCUCUGACCGGAUUAUGGUACUGGUGCAAGGACAGGUGACGGAAUUUGACACGCCGUCGGCGCUUCUGUCCAAUGAAAAUUCCCGCUUCUCUGCCAUGUUUGCCGCUGUGGAAAACAAGGUUGCCGUCAAGGGCUAAAAAAAAUUCAGGGCAAAGUCACUUUAAUAAGACGGAGCGUUAAUCCUCCUCUGCCCGUGGCAGGGACGUUCCUCCCCUCCAUUUUUUUC